AACAGACGCAUUCGUUGACCGUCAGACGAGAUAAUGUUAUGCAAGCACUCAGAUUCCUCAAUCCAGAAAGAGUAUCUCUCCGUCAUAGGCGCCGAUUUUUCAGGCGAUCCUAUUGCGCUGCAGGACCCAAUCAGGUGUGGCACGCGGAUGGAUACGACAAACUUAAGCCCUUUGGGAUUGCCAUCAGUGGCUGCAUCGAUGGGUAUUCCAGGCGGCUUAUGUGGCUCAGUAGUGGCAGCACCAACAACUACCCUGCAGUAAUAGCACGAUAUUACCUGCAGUGUGUUUCGUUAAGAAUGUUCCAAUGUUCAUUAAGAGAGGACCACACAGAUGAUUUUGCGGGACCUCUCAGCCACAUGUAUGGCACUUCAACUGCCAAUCAAAGGAUUGAAAGCUGGUGGUCCAUUUUCAGGAAACAGAGGACACAGUUCUGGAUGGAUCUAUUUAGUGACCUGAGAGACAGACACUACUUCGACGGCACCCAUGAACACAAGUGCCUUGUACGGUAUGUCUUCCUGGGCAUUUUUCAGAAAGAGCUUGAUGAGCACCGAGAGCUUUGGAACAACCACACCAUCAGGCCUGUCCGUCAGUCCCUCUGUCCAUCUGGAAAACCGGAGACCAUGUACCACCUGCCUCACAGGUUUGUAUAUAGCACCUGUACUGUCAUUUUCAUUAAAUGCUAGGUUGCAUUUUCACUUGUGUAGGUCUAUGUAUUC